AUGGCUGUCAAGAAUCAUAGCGGGCCAAGUCUUCUGAAAGUUGCCAUCAUUGGUGGCGGGCCCGGAGGGUUGGGUGCCGCGAUUGAGUUCGGAAAGUUGAACUAUGUUGACUGGUCUCUUUACGAAAAGAAGUCGCAAAUCAGUGAAACUGGCGGCGGUAUCAGCCUACAAAGACAUACCUGGAGGCUCUUGGAGUUGAACGGGGCAGCCAGAAACAUUGAUCCUUUGGAUUUCUUCAGAUCUCCUGAUGGAACCAGCGGACAGUCAAGGAACGGAAGAACCGGAAAGCUUCUGGAACAACACCAUCAUCCCAAAGAUACUCCGCCGCAGCAAGUAAGCUGCCGCAUGGUUCGAGCUAAAUUGCAGGCUGCUUUGCUCAAAGAAGUUGACCAAAGUCGUAUCAAAACUUCUAAAAAGCUCGUUGAUAUCACGAAGUUGUCGACUGGUAGAAUUGCAAUCCGUUUUGAAGAUGGCUUCAGCGAUGAAGUUGACCUACUAGUUGGAGCAGAUGGCAUUCGUUCGAUUAAGUACAAUGGCCAAUCUGCCUAUCGGACCAUCAUUCACAAGCCUACAGCCGAGAAGAUCGAGGGUAUCCCAAAGUCUCCCGUAUUCUGGCAGAACACUGGUGGAAAGUACGUGUUUACGUGUCCUCUUGGCGGAGAUGACUUCGAGGUCACUGCACGCAUCCGCCGGCAGAUCGAAGGUCAAGAACACGUGAGCUGGGGUCGGCCUUUUGACUUUUCCACCAUCGCCUCAGAGUACGACGAAUUUUGCGAGCCUGUCCGCAAAGUCAUCCAACUUGCUGCUCAGGGCGAGACACAGGAAUUUGCACUUUUCUCGGGGCCGCGACUGGAAAGCGUCGUCCACGAGGAGGCUAUUGCCUUGAUUGGAGACGCAUCUCACCCUCUAUCGGGUGCCUUUGGCGCUGGAGCCGGAUUUGCUUUGGAGGAUGUCUAUGCCUUGACGCAAAGCGUUGACUGGCACUGGAACAACGGUGGGGAUUUGUCUGCAGCUCUAGAGUUGUAUGAUCAGAUCAGGUCACCCCAUUAUCGCGACUUGUACAAGGUGCUUGAUGAUUUUGGUGCGAUGAAUACUACACUGCUUUCGGAGAAUCUUCCUGUCAAUGAGGAGAUUGAAGAGCGAGUGCGAAGGGCAGCUGAGAGUAAGAGUACUUGGAUGUACCAUUACGAGAUAGAUAAAGCUGUCGAAAAGUUGCUUGGGGCUGCCAAUCAGCACGGACAAGUCGCAACUGUGCUAUGA